ACAGUCAACGUGACUCGACCUUUUCCGGUUUAUUCUUUCAACAUGGCAGUCGGCAAAAAUAAAGGUCUUUCCAAAGGUGGCAAGAAGGGCGGUAAAAAGAAGGUGGUGGACCCAUUUUCUCGAAAAGACUGGUACGAUGUGAAAGCCCCAAAUAUGUUCCAAACUCGUCAGAUCGGUAAAACGCUUGUCAACCGCACCCAGGGCCAAAGAAUAGCUUCGGACUAUUUGAAGGGUCGCGUUUUUGAAGUUUCUCUGGCAGAUUUGCAAAAGGAUAUUGAUCCAGAGCGUUCUUUCCGUAAGUUCCGUCUUAUUGCGGAAGAUGUUCAAGACCGAAAUGUUCUCUGUAACUUCCACGGUAUGGAUCUAACCACGGACAAGUACAGGUCAAUGGUUAAAAAGUGGCAAACACUUAUUGAAGCUAUUGUGGAAGCUAAAACUGUAGACGGAUAUCUUUUGCGAGUGUUUUGCAUCGGAUUUACUGCCAAGGAUCAGCAGUCCCAACGAAAAACAUGCUAUGCUCAACAGUCGCAAGUCCGUAAGAUUCGCGCUCGCAUGACCGACAUUAUUACUAACGAAGUCAGUGGCGCCGACCUGAAGCAACUUGUUAACAAACUGGCAUUGGAUUCAAUCGCCAAAGAUAUUGAAAAAAGUUGUCAGCGUAUAUACCCGCUGCAUGAUGUUUACAUUCGUAAAGUCAAAGUUUUGAAAAAGCCACGUUUCGAUGUCUCAAAGCUAUUGGAGUUGCACGGUGACGGUGGCGGUAAAUCGACCGAUGCCGUUGUUUCUACCGAGGGAGCCGUUAUAGACCGACCCGAGGGUUAUGAGCCCCCAGUGCAGGAAGCCGUCUAAUGUGAAUAUUAAAUUCAUACAUUACGAUGUAUUGCAUUUGAAAAUGAAAUACAUUACACUUCAAAUUGCAUAACCUA